GCGGUUCAGAUGGCCAGCUAGUGUUCACCUAGCCUUAACAAUAGCUUGUGAAUAUUCUUUAUUAACUACAUCUCUUGUUUUCAUUUAUAGUAUAAACGUUCUCGGUAAUGCUACAAAAUAAAUAUUAUAAAGUCGUUAAGUGGCUGUUUGCGGCUCUGUGCUAAAUCAGCGUAGAUUAGAAAUGAUAACGUUAGCGUUAGCCUUUAGCUAGAAGCGUAUUCUUUGGAUAGUACCGCAUAACUGAAUGAGCGCCUGUGAAUGAACAAACAGCAUUUACAAUUUGCAAGGUGCGAGAAGCGUUAAUUAAAAACAUAUUAAGCCAUGGCUACUGGUGCUGAUGUUAGGGAUAUUCUGGAGUUGACCGGAGGAGAUAAUGACGGCCCCAUCAGCAAGAAAGACCUCAUUAACUCAGACAAGAAAAAAACCAAAAAGACGACUGAAACGCUGACCUUCAAGAGACCAGAGGGAAUGCACCGAGAGGUCUAUGCUCUGCUCUACUCAGAUAAGAAAGAUGCACCCCCUCUGCUGCCUAGUGAUACUACUCAAGGCUACAGGACAGUGAAAGCCAAACUGGGUUGUAAAAAGGUGCGGCCCUGGAAGUGGAUGCCCUUCACUAAUCCUGCUCGCAGGGAUGGGGCCAUAUUCCACCACUGGAGACGUGUAGCAGAGGAGGGCAAGGACUACCCCUUUGCUCGCUUCAACAAGACAGUGCAGGUACCAGUGUACUCAGAGCAGGAGUAUCAGAUGCAUCUGCAUGACGAUGGCUGGACUAAAGCGGAGACAGACCAUCUGUUUGAUCUGUGCAAGCGCUUUGACCUGCGCUUCAUAGUUGUCCAUGACCGUUACGACCAUCAGCAAUACAGAAAACGUUCUGUGGAGGAUCUGAAAGAACGGUACUACAGUAUUUGUGGUAAGCUGACAAAGGUCCGCGCACCCUCAGGGACAGAGCCCAAGAUCUACAUCUUUGAUGCUGGCCAUGAAAGGCGUCGCAAAGAGCAACUGGAGAAGCUCUUCAAUCGCACACCUGAACAAGUGGCAGAAGAGGAAUAUCUUAUUCAGGAACUAAGGAAGAUUGAGACUAGGAAGAAAGAGCGUGAGAAGAAGGCCCAGGAUCUGCAGAAACUCAUUAAAGCAGCUGACACAACCACAGAGUUGAGGCGAGCUGAGAAGAGGGUUUCCAAGAAGAAGCUUCCACAAAAAAGAGAAACAGAAAAACCGGCUGUUCCAGAGACUGCAGGGAUCAAGUUCCCUGACUUCAAAUCAGCAGGAGUCACGCUGCGCAGUCAGAGGAUGAAACUGCCAAGCUCAGUAGGCCAGAAGAAGAUCAAGGCCAUUGAACAGAUCCUCAUAGAGCAAGGAGUGGAUCUUAACCCCAUGCCCACAGAAGAGAUUGUACAGAUGUUCAAUGAGCUGCGUAGUGACCUGGUGCUGCUGUAUGAGCUGAAGCAGGCCCACAGCAAUUGUGAAUAUGAGCAACAGAUGCUGCGUCACCGCUAUGAGGCUCUACUGAAGGCUGGCAGCGGAGGUGGGUGUGGAACUACAGGGACAGGACUAGCUAUCGCAGCACCAGGUGGGGAACUCAAUGCCACCAACAGCACUUUAGCAUCCACCCCAGGGGGUGAAAUUCAGUCCUGGCCCAGUGUAGACGACAUCAAGGUGGAAGCCAAGGAGCAGAUCAUCGACGUUGUAGGAGCACCGCUUACCCCCAACUCACGCAAGCGGAGAGAAUCGGCAUCCAGUUCGUCUUCAGUAAAAAAGGUGAAGAAGCCUUGAUGAAGAUGAAAGCGCCAGCUGGUACAUGGUGGAGUUACUCUGGUCACAGUGGAGAUGCACAAGUUUUAUGGUGGGACAAAAGAGAGACGGGGGAGCAGGACAUCAUAUCGCUGUUCACAUAAAAGGCACCACUGACUACACACACACACACACACACACACACACACACACACACACUCACUACUUUUCACCUUCUAACCAGACCUCUCCAACCCCUCCCCAUUUGGCUCUCCCAGCAUCUUUGUGACAAAGGCAACAACUGAGUGACAUUUCAUUCCAUUACUGCUUGUCUUCCUGCCUCCACCAUUGCUCGGCUUUAGAUGAGGAAAGAUCAACUGUAAAUUGCCGGGCUGAGCUAAUCGGGACAUGGGGAAGAAGGUGGGAAUGACUGGAUAAUUGAAAUGAAUUGGAAUGAAGGAAGAGACUCUGUGAGUGGGAGGACCUCCAGCCGCAAUGCUCAUUUGACCCAUCUGAGGGUUUUUUGUAGCCUAAUCAUGCCAUAGUGUUUACUGGAAAUGUGUUUUUGUUUUAGCCUGUAGUACCGGCUCCCUCUCGACCUAGGAAAGAGAUGCCACUUCCAUCUGCUGCCCGUGUUUUAUGUUGGACUCACAGGACUGAUUUGUGUUGUUUGUCCUCAGGUGACCUUGAAGAUGCUUUAGUCAAUGAUUCAAUAAACCUCAUUGUAUUUUUUU